UGUAUGCUUGUAAGAGCUGAAUGAAAACAGUCGAGGUGUUGAGCAGCAGGUAUCGGAGGUGAGCUAACAGGUUAUGCAAGAAGCGAGAAAGCUAACGCCGCCCAUCAGGUGUGUUAGCAGGUUAACUCACUCUGUCAGCACGGAAGCGUAGAUUUACACACAAAAAAAGCUCCUUUCCACCUUCAAUUUACGGCGACACUUGCCUUCAUGAGUCCGUCCAACGAGCGGACGUGAAGGGGAUCAUUUCACAGGACUUAACUCGUCGGACUCGAGGUUGUUUUAAUGUUUUAUCCUCCCAUGUCUCGGAUAUGGCUUCUUCUUCUCCUGGGAGGGCUCGUGCUGCCAGGUGAGUUCACAAGACUUCCUGAAGGAGGGAGGACUUGGGACCUGAAAAAUGUCGAGAAAAACACUCUUGGAUGUGUGUGUUGGAUGUGUUUUUCAGACUCAGGGCCUAGCAGACAAACAGGGCGAACUUUGACAGAGUCUGAUAACAGUUUAUUUAGUUUCACUCAGCAUGAAACGACCUCACACAAAGGUUAAAAACUACACGAUUAUAAAGAUACCCAACGGCGUCAAAACAUUACUAUGUAUUUGUGUACUUGAUACUUCCACGUGUGACACGAGUGUUGACUACAUGGCAGUUAAGGAAAUAGAUUAAAAUGUCAAACUUAAUUCUUACAACAUAAUACCUAACAAUUUAUACGAGGUUUGUCACCUGUCUGUAGUUGUGUGGGCCUAAAAUUGAGGUCCUCAGGUGAAUAACAAAGCAGCACAGAAUAGACAAUUAAACUCUUUUCACAUAGCAGAGAGGAUUGCUUGCAGGAAGUGAUCAGGAGCCAACCCAAUAUUUCUUAUCAAGACGUUGUCUCAGACAAUAAACUCUAUCAGUCAGGAAAAGAAAAACGAGUUUUAGUUGUCUAAGUUAACAAUUGAUUCUCUGUUUGCUGGUAAAUGUGUAGUAUAUGUUAAUCUUAUUUGAGUUCAGACAAGGCGACAGCUUGAACUUCAACACUCUGCAAAGGUAUGCCACCAGUGACAGGAGAAGUCCCAAAAACCUUGAAGGCACAGAUUUCUUUUUAACAAAUGUGUUAGUAUUUUAUGGGAGAAUAUUGGUCAGGUUUGUUGAGUCUGGUGUUUUAUUAAAUUCCAACCCUUCAACAAUUAAACUAGUACAAUGAACUGUAUAUGGGUAUCAAUGCAAAACUCACCCAACUCCUGAUGGCAUGUGUUUGAUUGGUGGGAGGUGGGGAGGGGUUUGGAGGGUAAAACUAAAGCUGAAGUGCUCAAUAAGGCAAUGACAUUUGUGAUGUGUAAUAAUACCCAAUAAGUAGGAGUAAUUCAGUUUUAUGCUUUUUAACUUGAGGGCAAGAAUAAAUGGUUCAACAGAACGAUUUAUGACAUUUCCCUCAGAAAUCCUGAUUUACAAGAAUAAAGAUUAGCCAACAGAUUCCAGUGAUUACACUGCUGUAGGCUAAUAUAAAGUUUGAUAUUCACCAUUAACUCCAUGUUUUAGUGCAAUUGCAACAACUUUGGUCCAAAUAGUAAGAAGACACACUGUACAAAGAAACUAUUAUAUUGAAAAGAGCCACGACACACUUUUUCAAAAAGAUAGCACCAUCAUUGUGCUGGGUCGACAUCAGAUAUUGUUGUAUGAAACAGCCAGCUUGUUGUGGAUAUCGAGGAGCUGUUCAGACAGGCAAGCUGGAAACACCUGGCCUGGUGGGCUGGGCUCUGGUGGGGCCUGAUUUCAUUGUGGAAUAGUGGAAAAUUACCACCAGGCUACAUUAGGCUCCUUUAUUUCUUCCUUUUAAUCUUGAGGUUGAAGGAGGGAAGUGCUCUGGUGGGUAUGAGAUUGGAGAGCUACAUCUCAAGGCUGAAAGCCAGAUAGGCUGUCUAAUGGCAUCACAUUGUAAGGAUAACAUGGAGCAGGGUUUAAUGAGUCACAAAGUUCCCAGGCUUUUUCAAUCAGGUGUGAAGAAAUGAAUCUUCACUUUAACCUGUUUCUCAUGUUUUACCCAACUGUUUAUAUUUGCAUAAUGUGAAAACAGUAUUGAACUUUAAAGCCUAGCAGAGGGUUAACAGCUUUUGAAUAAUUUAGCUCUCAGUGGAGCAUUAAAAACUGUGGGUUUCCAGUGUGUGGCCACAACAUUCAAUGAAAGUAUGAAAAAUGUUCGACUUGUAUUUAAGCAGUCGGUUAUUGUGUGGUGUGUAAAUUCUUCUUCCACUUCUGAUUACACAGCAUUCCUUAAUCAGUGCAUUCCUGAUAAGAUAGUUUGUAUAGCCACACAAGUUCAUACAAGUUUUAUGGCACUGAUUCAGUUUUAUUGCUCAAGCUGUAUGAGGAAAACGCUACACAAAGCUGUCUCACCAUAACAAACAUCUAUGAUACUGUCUGCUUCACAGGAAAACACUGAACUAAUGCAAGAAAUUACUUAAUCAGGACACAGUUCAAUAUGAUUCAUAAAUGCCAUCUGACUAUUUAGUCUGACUUUAAAAAAAGGAAAUGAAAUCAGACAAAUGGAAGAAGAUAUUUCCUCUACGGCUCUUGCAUGAGAAUGAAUGAGGUUUUCGAUGUACUUGGCUGAGGGAACUAACUAUUAUAAUCACAAAACUGUGAUUUUACUAAAUGGUUUGCAAACGAAUGUGAAAAAAGUGAAAACACCUAUUUUUAUGAUACAGUUUUGUUCAACAGGAAAAUUUAGAAGUAAUUUUUCUUCCAUGGUUGAUUGUACACAUAAAAACAAAGUGAAAAAAAUAUUUUGCUCCAGUUCAUCCUGCUAUAAUGUGCCAGUCUGUUCCAGUUCUCAGGAAUUUAACAAAGAAAUCUGUUCUUAUUUUGAAAGGGCUGCAGAUUUCAGUUCCUAUUACUAACCAUGAUGUGGGUAAAUGAAUUAUUACAGGUUAAAAAGCAGAUCACUCCAUACUUCUUUAAACAAAAGUGUAAAAAUCAAAACUACAAGUACAGAACUGUUUUUCAAGGUAUGGAAUAAAAAUAUUUCUUAUAGCCUGGCAGCUGAAAGUGAUUGGUUCUGCCUGUGCUGCCGAGUGCUCUCAUUUCAGAAAAGUUGAGAACUUUUGGUUUGUGUCAAUUCUGGCGCCCCCUGUGGACAAAGAAGACUUUUCUUACCUGUAAAAACCACAGUAUUGAUAUUGUCAACCUUGUCACUGAUGAUCUUGUUUUCUUUUAUCUUUAAAAAAGUGAGAGGCGGGUAAAGUAAGAUCUGUUUUUUUUACCUGCUCCUUUCCAGUCAUGCGCUGUGUUGCAGUUAAUGAACGUCUCUUUGUUUGGAAAAGUUUGAAAAUGGCUACUAGUGGAACAAAUAUAAAUGAAAGGAAAUGAAUAGAUGGUCAUCAGUGUGAAUUUCAGUCAAUUUAAAAACGUUAAAAUCUCCCCACAGGAACUUUAAUUCUCAAAGCUCAAUCAUAAAAUGUUUAUCAAAUACAAAUAUGAAAGGUAUAAAUGUAGUUUUUAAAAUGUUUUUCUGACCUUUUCAUCACCAUUCAGUAGUUUUUCAGACAGUGACUUCGCCUUUUUACCAUUGCCCAUGGUUCAAAAGUUCAAGCAUUUCAUUGUAUCCCUGCCCGUUCAGGAUUACAGAACAUUCUUAAACUCUCAUCUCAUCUGAAGUUAAUUAUUUGUAGGAAUGUUUUAAUCCUCGGGAUGAGUCUGCAGGUCUCCUCAUCACUGCAGCUGACUGUGUGAUACAGAUUCAGCUCAACAUACUGCCAUACUUAAAAUGGUUUCAGUAAACCAUGACAGGAAGUUAAUCUUUGUGUUAUUAAUGAGGCAUCUCAAUGAUAACAUGACCAAAAACAAAUAUCCAAACUUGUUUUUCACCUAAUAGACUUCCCUUGUGCACACAUACAGUCAACAGUCCCUUGUGGGUGUAGCUGCCAUUUCAUCAGUUGUAGUGUUGUUCACUAUGUCACCAAAUCAUGAAGAAAAGUGGUGAGUUAGUCCUACAACCUAAUGCUGUGGCUGGAGACUGUUCAAGGCUUUAAACAUGAUCACCAGAGAUCUGAGGGACGUGCAAAUUUGCUCUUUUUUGUCAAGGACGUUCCUGUGUUUGAUCAGCCAUGAUAAGUGCUUUAGAGGCAAAACAGCUCUACUCUUGUCUGAUUGGUUAUAUUACUGGCUUUGAAAUGAAAGAUAAAGUAAAAAACACAAUCACCUGUGCAGUUUGAAAUGUAACUUUAAUGAAAGCCUUAUUUCUGAUCUGGUGGUGAAAGUGUUUGAAAUAAUCUUGAUGUAUAUUCUUGUCUUUAUAACAGGGGUGCAACGUGUCAGUGGAAUAGUUAUUUACACUCCAGGUGAGGUGGAGGCGGUCAACGGGACCAAUGUGAAGCUGAAGUGCACCUUCACAUCAAGUCACCCAGUGUCACUCCAGUCCGCCACAGUUUCCUGGAACUUUAGGCCCUUAAAUUCAGGAUCAGAUGAGUCUGUGAGUAAAACUGUUUUGAAAUUUUUUCAAGUGUUAAAUGGAGCGUGUAUGCAAUGUAAUUCAGCAUAUUUGACUUAUCCCAACAGGUGUCACUUUGCCGACUUCAAAUGUUGGAGUUGGCUCUAUCCCAUAUAUGAACGUUUUCAACUGAGGCAGAGAAAGUUAGGAAAUACUGCAUUAUACUACACUAAAAAUGCAGAAGAGAAGUGCUGGGGGUUCCUGUGCUAGCUGUUAAUGGUGACACAAACAAAUGACAUUAUUAAUACACGACAUGAGAUUGAAAUCUUGUUGCCAAUCUUGUUGGGUCCUAGCCCCAGUACUAGCCACCAAACAUCUUUUUAAUUUUGCCUGAUUUCUUUAGCAAAGAGACUAAACAAAACUCACCCUCUCUCUCCCAGCAGCCACUUGUUUGUAGUGAGACCUCGGGCCAGUCCAUUACAGACUGCAUCGGGGUUACACAGCUCAAGGAGGAACAUUUAUGAUCUUUUCUUCAUGGAAAUGCAAUCAGAUCGAGACGCUUAGGCAGAAGAACUUCCUUGUCUGCAGUGCAAAAUGAAUUAUAUGGUGAUUAUUACUUAAAGGAAAUGAUUAAGAAAUUAUCAUAAAUGUUCUUCCUUGAGCUGCGUCACCCUGGCCUGAGGUCUCGCUACAAACAAGCUGCUGCUGGAAGAGAGUAGGUGAGUUGUGUUUAGUCUCUUUGCUGAAGAAAUCAGGCAAAGCUAAAAAGAUGUUUAGUGGCUGGUACUAUGGCUUGGACCCUUUAUGUACUGUUGAUGAAGUUAGGUGCUGUUCUGAGCAUUAUUUGUGGUUAUAGAGUGGCAUUUUGGUGGAGGUUUAUGUAUGGCUCCUCAGACCGCUGUGUAUUGCUAUUCUGUGGUCAUUACUAAAGUUGGUAUAACUAGAAAAGCAAGCGGUCAGCAACAUUCAUCUCUCGAGGGGGUGUCUUAACUCUGUGUUACGGUGUGUUUGACCCUAACUUAAUUUUACGCCAGAAUAUCCCUUUAAAGGUUUGUUACAUGUAUAGUGAACACACCCUUACUUGGAAUGAGACGAAUGAUUCAAAUGGCCGUAGAGAAUGUCCAGUGCUUCAUAGGUGUGUGUGUAUGUGUGUGUGUGUGUCUUUAACCCAAAGUCCUUCAAAUAGCCUUUGUCCAAACAGGCUCUGAUUCUGCACCAAGAAGUUGUCACCAUGUUAGUUUAAGAAGUAGCUUCUGAUUGAGUUGUGUAGUUCAGGGAUUUUUGUCAUCGUUUGACUUGUGUAGCUGACCCAGCCACAGCAGCAGAUUUUUCUCAUGCUUGUUCUUUUGCUGGAUUGUGUUCGUUCGGACUACAGGUGUUUUACUACCAGGAGGUACCAUAUCCUCCACAGCAAGGGCGAUUCAAAGGCCAUGCGGUGUGGUCAGGAGAUAUUUUAAGACGAGACGCCUCCAUCACCCUACAUGAGGUGCCGCCGACCUUUAAUGGCACCUUUAUCUGCCAGGUGCGCAACCGUCCAGAUGUGCACGGCAGUAAUGGGGAGAUCGUCCUCAAAGUCGUCAGCAAAGGUCAGACUGGCAGCACUGCCUGCUUAAGAAACUGAAAUGUGAGAAUGUAAAAAGCACUUUUAUGUCGUUUUUUUGCUUUCAAAAAGAGAUGUGUCUGAAGAGUUCAACGAGCUAAAUUUUGUACAGGAGAAAAUCAUCACUAAGCUUAUAUUUAUAAAAUAUAACCGCACAAAAUCUACCAUGAGAAAUAAUGAUUGAAGUAUUUAAUAGACAUUGAUGAAACGUAAUAGUUUGCUCAUGAUCUAUGAUGACUUCACAGUAAUGUUUGAUCUACAGUUAAUAUGUUUUUCAUGUUCAGUUGUCGUCAGCUACCAACCCUAUACCACGGUGAGAAGGACAUGACAAUUGUACUUUGUUUUAGAAAGUUUACAGCAAAUCAGUAAAAUAUGAUGAAAUGUUGGCAUUAUGAGAAAGAAGACUUGAAAAAGUACAGAUUGAUGAAAUAUUAACAUAAACAAGGUUUAACAAGGGUCCUGGAAGAGAUCCUUGUGGUUCAUCCCAUAUUUUUGAAACAUGUACAACUCCAAUUCCAAAACCACAGAGAUGCAGAAUUUUUGAGAACAAAACAAAGCUGACAAUUUGCAAAUUAUUCAAACCCUAUAUUGAAUUGAGUUGGUGAACAGUUUGUCUUAGCGUCCACAAAUACAGGUUAGACUGUACCAUGCAGUGGGAGUGGGGGUGGGGUGGGGGGGUAGUUUGGCCCAGUGGUUAAGUUGAAUGUUGAGUGUUGCAUGUACAGAGGCCAAAGUCCUAGCCGCCCAGGUUUGACUCCAACCUACUGCCCCCCUCUCCCUCAUAUUCCUGCUCUUAUCCACUGUCCUGUCCUCUCUAAAAUAAGGCAUACAGCCCAAAAACAUAGACUGUACCAUGCAAGGAGGAAACCAUGAAUAAACAUGACCCAAAAACUCCAGCAACUUCCCUGGAUUCAUGCCUAUUUAGGAUGAACUCAAGCAAAGAGGAAAACUUUUCUCUGGUGUGACGAAUCACAAUUUGACAUUCUUUGCGGACACCACAUCCUCCACUCUAAAAAGGAGAAGAGACACACUGUUUUCAAAAGCCAGCAUCUGUUUUACUGCCUGUAACAAGUAAACUAGUUUCAACAUUUGACAUGUUGUCUCUGUCCUAUUUUUCGUGAGAUAUAGAGCUUAAAUGUUGCAAAUCAUUAAAUUCUGUUUUUAACCAUGUACACCGCCACCCAACUGUUUUUGAAUUGGUAAAAGAGAAAACAAGGAAGUACACCUGACAUGAAAUGAAAGGCAGGAUAUCUGUUCACUGGUAAAAACAAAAGAACUUAUUGUUUUUAUUUUUAUGACUAGAUAUUUCCUUCCAAAUUCCAUACAAUGCUGCAUUCAGAUUUCACCCUCUAAUUUUGGAUCUUUGUUUUUCUAGCCUCCCUCUCUGAGAUCAGCAUCCUGGCCGCAGCAGUAGGGGGAGCUUGUGUUAUAAUCCUGAUCAUCCUGGGUAUCUUCGUGGGGGUUAGGUUUUGCAGGAAAAAGAACGUGGACAACGACGUCGAGCUAGACGGACGAGAGCGGGAAUGGAAGGACCCGACCGUGUGGUGAGGACUAGACAGCCGGAGCUUCUCUGCUUCUCUUCUUUUUGGGAAGGGUUUGGAGUCUGGUGGCUGUUUGAGUCCACUCUGCUGACAAAGACAAAUGAAAGCUACGGUUGACAAGGUUUCUGUUUCUCAUCUUUGCUCCUCCACUGUGAACUCCAGAGAUUAUUGUAUUUAUUUGCAGUUUUAGAGCUGUAACCUUCCACACGUGCAUUUUAUUGUAAAAAAAAAAAAGAAAAAAAAGUCAAAAUCUUCUUACAGUUUUGUAUGUUCUCACCAAAAGCUGUCUUUGAUUGCAGAUAACUGUGUUUUUUAGAGUUUUUAAGAUGUUAAGUAGGAGAUGUAAAUAUGGAGACAUUUUUCAGUCUUAAAUUCACAGCAGCUGUCAUUUCUGCCUUAAUGAGGCUCUUUUUCGAACAAAAUAAUCUCAAGAAAACACAACUGAUUUAAUCCCUGAAAAUGAGCACAAAGAGCACCUCAAACAUUCAUGAUAAUGCUGCUGUGAAUUGAUUGGUAUUCUCUGUCACUUUCACUGUGCAUUUCACUUUUUUGAAGCUAUGGAAGAUCAACGCUGAUUUACUUUUGCUGGGCAGCACCUCCUCUUUGCUUUGUAGGUAGCAACUGCAGCUCUGCGGUAGAUUUCACCUUCGAUUGUGAGUGCGGGUAAAAAAGAAAAAAAAUCAACAAAGAGCUAAACCUGGAUAACCAUGAACUGGUGGAGAAAUGUUCACAAACUGAUAUUUUGUCUUGUCUGUUGUUGAUAAGAUGCAUCAGCUCAUAAGUUGUCUUGGUUCUGCGGCAGGGUUUGCUUGCAAACGGAGGAUUCUUGGUGUAGUAUUCAGUAGUCUCUUGUCUUUUGGGGAUGGUUGUUGGUUGUUGGUAAGGAAAUCCAGCAUUGGCCUUGUUGUUUGCUUCCCAGACUUUUCACUUGUCCAGAUACACACAAGUUGCCCGUCUCACAGUCUGUGUGUUUUGUUUUUUUUGCGGGGAUUGUGUCAGUUUACCUGAGGAGGCCGUUCAUCUGACAGUUGUGGCAAAGGCGGUAGAAGCUGAUAGUUCAGAUGACGAAGAGUCUGAACCCAGCAGUGGAGAUGAUGAGGAAGAGGACGGGCUUGAAGAGGAUGAUGACGAUGACGACGAUGAUGAUGAUGACGACGAUGAUGAUGACGAUGAUGAUGGUGGUGAUGAUGAGGGUGGUAUACUGGACGCUUUUGAUUAAUUUGGAAAUCGCCCUUUAAUGAUAGCAACAGAGAUCUAGCUGUCUGUAACCAUUAAUGUAAUUUAUUGUACUUCUCAGACUCGGCACAUUGUGUUAACUGAACAGUGUGCCAAGUCUGAGUUUUUCUUGCAGGAUUUGAUCGACAUUGUCUUUUGUUUAAACGUAGAGCCUACAUCACCCACAAUGCAACUUGGUGGGCGAAAGUUUUGUCAGGAAAAGAUGCAAGCCACAGAUAUCUGCAGUGUAAGCUAGGACCCUUCAACUCAACGCUCAUUUUUGUCUGGCCCUCUUUUUCAAACUUGCACUUUUCAGCCACAAACUGACGCUGACUUAGGUGACACCACUUGAGGCAGGUUUUCAGAUUUAACGAAUUUCCAUCUGGAGCCUGAACACAACUUCCUUCCCCGUAUGUCUGUGUGUUUCAUGAGUGUGGACUAAUGAAUGGGAGUCUCGUUUUUAUACAUGACCACUGUAAGUCUGCUUGUUUACGCUUAUUUAACAGAAUUUGGAGUCAGCUGCUGCUGGAAAGCUAUUAGCUGUGAACGAUUUUCCAAAACCUCAUUAAUAUUCUUGUGAUUGCACGGACUAUGGAUUUUUCUUAAAAGAAGAGCCGGUUCAUAUUGGGUCAUUGUUUAAAGCACCACACACCAGCAGACACAGUCUCAGGUGCUACAUCAUUGCUGAAAUAAAUGUUUUUCUCUUCAUUUUCUAAAUUCAUCAGUGACGGUUUGUGUUCAAUACUUGUUAAAUUUACAGAUUCUUUGAUGAAAGUUCACAGCUGUGUUUUAUAUUUAUAAAGUCUACUUUUAGAUUUUUUGUGAUAAUCAAUUUUAAGUGUUUACUGCAAUGCUUAACAUCAUACAAGUAAUGAUUUUGUACAUUUUGUAAAAUAGGCAGAACUUCUUCCUUUUUUAACUCAAAACCUAGUUUGAUGUGUUUAUGUAUAUACCUACAGAACAACUAAAGAGUCAAUAAAACAUCAGUUUUUUAAAUCAUU